CUCCUGAUGUCCUGCGCGAGACGACGGUUGCUGGUCCCUGGGCGGGUGAGAGUUGCUAAAGGAAGUGUAGUUCUUGCAAAUCAGAAAGAAGAGAACUUUCCUUCACGACUGACAGCAAAAUUAACCCCCUGAGCAGAUGCUCUUUGUACAAAUCGUGAAUCCGGAGAUAGGUGAACCUUCACGUGCACCUGUCAUUGCAGAUGUGUUCCAGGAUUGGUUUCUGAUUUCCGGAAGGCUCUCAUUCCUUCCCCCACACCCCUGACCGGGAGUCCUCUUGGCUUUAUCGCAGCGGACAAGCACUUAACACCAAUGCCUUUUAAGGAUUAAGGACUGUAAUUACACACACAGUGUGUCAGACACUGCGCUCUCAGGAGUCCUGACGGUGCCCUGUGGUGGCGCUCUUCUUGGAAUUCUUCCCUAUUAAGAUGCCAUAAAAGCUUGUCACCUUGAGGUUUUAAAGUUACCUGCUGAAACGUAAGAUAUCUUAAGACUGCAGACAAACUCCUGAAAGAUGAGUGAGCACGACAUAGAAUCAGACAAGAAGGAUGAUCGUUUCCAAUCAUCUGUAACUGUUGAGAUGUCCAAAGAUCCUGAUAGCUUUCAUGAAGAAACUGUAGAACCAGAACCAGAACUGAAGGAACCAGAACCUAAGGAACCAGAACCUAAAGAACCAGAAAGAAGGGAACCAGAAAGGAGGGAACCAGAAAGGAGAGAACCAGAAAGAAGGGAACCAGAAAGGAGGGAACCAGAAAGAAGGGAAACACAAACGAAAGAAGUACAAACAACCGAAAUAGGAAGGAAGGAACCAGAAAGGAAGGAACCAAAACAGAAGAGGAGAAAGACAAAUAGUUACUGUCCUCCACGAGGAACAAUAAAUAAAACAAUUACAGAUGGAGCUGCACUCAUUGCAUUAUGGACUCUACUCUGGGCCCUUAUAGGUCAACAAGUUCUCCCUGGUGGAAAUUUGUUUGGACUUGUAGUUAUUUUUUACAGUGCUUUCCUUGGGGGUAAAAUUUUAGAAGUCAUUAGAAUACCUGUAGUGCCUCCCCUCCCACCUCUUCUUGGGAUGUUACUGGCUGGUUUCACCAUCAGGAAUGUUCCGAUUAUUUAUGAAUUUGUCCAUAUUCCUACCACAUGGUCUUCAGUUCUAAGAAACACUGCCCUUACUAUUAUCCUAGUACGAGCUGGGCUUGGACUGGAUCCACAGGCCUUGAAGCAUCUGAAGGGAGUUUGUCUGCGGUUGUCAUUUGGCCCAUGCUUCCUAGAGGCGUGCUCAGCUGCUCUCUUCUCCCACUUCAUUAUGAACUUUCCUUGGCAAUGGGGGUUCCUACUAGGUUUUGUCCUAGGCGCUGUCUCUCCUGCUGUUGUCGUUCCCAACAUGCUAAUGUUGCAAGAGAAUGGAUAUGGUAUUGAGAAAGGCAUCCCGACCUUACUAGUGGCUGCUAGCAGUAUGGACGAUAUUGUGGCCAUCACUGGAUUCAACACAUUCUUGAGCAUAGUCUUUUCCUCGGGUAGUGUGAUUAGCAAUGUCCUAUCGUCCUUGCGGGACGUUCUUAUUGGUGUGCUGGUAGGAAUUGUUAUGGGAGUUUUUGUUCAGUAUUUUCCAAGUGAAGAUCAGGAGAGACUUACGCAGAGGCGAGCCUUCCUAGUUCUGAGUAUGUGUAUUUCUGCUGUCUUAGGCUGCCAGCACAUUGGCUUACAUGGAUCUGGAGGACUAGUCACACUAGUAUUGUCGUUCAUGGCAGCAAAAAAAUGGGCUAAAGAGAAGAUUGGAAUCCAAAAAAUUGUUGCAAACACGUGGAAUAUUUUUCAGCCACUUCUUUUUGGCUUAGUGGGAACAGAAGUAUCUGUUGAAUCCCUUGAAUCAAAAACUAUUGGCAUGUGCCUUGCUACCUUGGGUUUGGCACUAUUUGUUCGAAUUUUAUCCACUUUUGUACUGAUGUCUUUUGCUAACUUCCGUUUUAAGGAGAAAGUGUUUAUUGCUUUAUCAUGGAUCCCUAAAGCUACAGUCCAGGCUGUCUUAGGUCCUCUGGCUCUAGAAACAGCGAGGGUCAUGGCACCCCACUUGGAAGGAUAUGCGAAGGCUGUGAUGACAGUUGCCUUCCUAGCCAUCCUGAUUACAGCUCCGAAUGGAGCCCUUCUCAUCGGCAUACUGGGACCCAAAAUCCUUGAACAGGGUGAGGUGAUAUUCCCUUUAAAGGUGGAGCUCUCGCACUUCCAUCAUUAA